AUGGCUCAAAAGAUCUUGAAUCCGGUCGCUAGUAGAACCUUUACGCACUUGUAUGAGCCAUUCGUGAGGUCUGUAGCGUGCUUUUUCUUAUUCUUGUUAUCCAUAGUGCUCUCACUGGCAGCCGAAUUUUUCAAUCUCCCCAAAGUUGCCUCAAAAUCUAUCCUAGCCAAGUUACUAGGUAUUGGACAAGAUUCAGGGGCAUGUGUUCCCAUAUAUCUCUUCCAAUGUCUUCUUAUCGCGGCAUUAUUGCUAUUUUACAUCAAUAACAACCUAUCUUGCGGGGCUAGAUUGCCUCCAGACGUACUCAGUGGAACGGACCUAUCAGGGAAAGUAGCCCUUGUAACUGGAGGAUACUCUGGAAUUGGUUUAGAGACUGUGCUGCAGCUUCUAAAAUGGAACUGCAAAGUAAUUAUCGCUGGUCGAUCAAAGACAAAGGCAACUAAUGCAAUUCAAUUUUUAAAAUCUCAGACAAAGGUCUCGGAUGAUCAUCUGGACUUUGUGGAGAUGGAUUUGAACAAUCUAACAUCUAUAAAAAAUGCAGUAAACUUGAUCAUUAGCAAAUACAAAUCUUUGGAUCUUUUGAUAAACAACGCAGGUUUUGCAAGCAUAAAGUUUAGUGUUACGUCACUCAAGCUUGAAGAACACUUUUCUGCAAACUUUUUGGGCCAUUUCUAUCUUACAAGUCUUCUACUACCCCUCGUAGAAAAGGUUUCUGGUAGAAUAAUAAAUGUAUCGAGCAUCGCACAUCAUAGAUAUGAUCCAAAUACUGAUGAUAUUUUCAAGACUAAAAGUACAACCGCUCUUCGCGUCCAAAAAUUCGCUAGCUAUUAUGGAAGAUCCAAGUUGUAUAACAUAUGGUUUACCCAUGCUCUACAAAGAAGAUUGGAAAAUUCCAAGAGCAAGGUUGUUACAUUUUCGUUGACUCCGGGGGUUGUGUCUACACCUUUGCUAUAUAGCAUAGUAAAUGGGAACUAUUACUGCAUUCCAAGGUUUUUGUUGCCAAUAUUUUUUAAAGACACAAAAUAUGGAGCGGUGACUACAUUGUAUCUUUGCGUAACUCCGCUACCUUUACUGGUACCAGGAGCUUACUAUUCUGAGUCUAAAUUAGGAUUUGUUAGCAAGCAUGCCCACGAUUUUAAGCGUGAAGAAGAGUUGUACACCUUUGCAGAAGAUUUAGUUAAAAAGUUAACAUAG